AUGAUCCAUUCUGAUCCACCACAUCAAGACGCUCGCCGUCAGCCCGCGACCUUUAGCAAACGUUCCAAGCGCGACCGCGAGGGAGAGAGCGCUCGCAUCUGCGCCACAGCGCAGCAGUUGCAGUUCCGCCCCACCCGCCACCUGUUUUCUUCCGCCUUGGCUAUGCGAAAAGCCAAGUCAAGUCAAGCCAAGCCACACCCGCCCAGUCGAGUCGCAGCAGUGCAGCCGGUACCAGCCGCUUCCCCCGUCCACUUGGCGCGCGCUCAGACGAACGAAAACCUUCGUGUCAGCCGUUGCCCGCCACUCGUCGCUUUUCCCACUUGGAGUCCCAGAGAAGCGCAAAAUUUCGUCUUUUGCCGAGUCACUCGCUCACUCGCUCCGUCCGUCGGUCGGUCGGUGCCUUGCCCGUUCCUUCCUCGCUCAUUCCUCAACUCGCCAGCUCGAGCCCAAGCAGCUGGAGCCGUGCGGCCGGUUCUGUGUCUGUCCCUCGUCCGACCUCAUUCCCUCGCUCGCCUCCCCCCCGUUGUCAUGCCCGGUCCAUUCGUUGACGUCGUGGCCGUCGCGUCGCCCACAACAGCCGCCGCGCCGUUCAAAGACGUCCCGGGUGUCGUCCCCGUGCGGGAGGGACGGUCGCAGUCGCUCACGGCGCUGCCCCGCCGCGCCUCCACCGCCAGCGUGCUCACGGUCGAGCGCAGCGCCUCUGCCUUCCACCUGCAGCAGGACCAACAACAACAACAACACGCGCGGCAGACGCGACGCGCCCUCAGCUCCGCCACGAGCACGUCCUUGAGCCUCUUGCAAGAGGAACUGGGCUACCCCCGACGGGCGCAGGUCUCAGCCUACGACGGCGCGAGCUGCAGCCGUCGCCGGUCGUCAGUCGUCGACACGUCGUCGGCCGUCGCUCAGCCCAACGACGACGACAACGACGACGACCAUCGCCGUCCACUCCCUCGUCGCCUCCACAGUACCACUAGCCGCCCUCAUAACUCUUGUAACAAUCUCACUAGUAGCGGUAGCAGCAGUAGCAGCAGGUGUGGGGGGGCGCUCUCUAGUCGCACGCUCUUCAGCUCGAGCGACGACGACGAUGGCGCGUCUGUGCCAUGGCAUGACCGGCCGUCGUCGUCCCUGGACCGAGACGGAGGCGACGAGGACGAGAACUUUAUGAACUACCGCCGCGCGUGCGUGACGGGCUACAGCCGCGACACGGACGGCGUCGUGUACUACGAAGUGAUUGUCAAGAGUCUCGCCCACGGGCCCUUGUCGGCGUACAAAGUGCGACGGCGGUACUCGGAGUUCCGUGCCUUGCACGUCGCUCUUCAGCGCGUCAUGGCCGUCUCGGCCGUCACGGCUCUGGCUCGGCUUCCGGGACGACAUCGAGACAGGAGGGACGACGAGCCGACGUUGCCGCCGCUGCCGGACAAGGGCGGCGUGUGGAGCUACCUCCAGUUCGACAGCAUUCCGCUGUUGGAGCGGCGCGCCAAGUACUUCCACGCGAUGCUCGCGGCGGCCCAGCGGCAUCCAAAGGCUCGGGCGAGUCGCCUCUUGAACGACUUUGUCGGGACUCCGCCGGACCUCGUGUCCCUCUACUCGAGCGUCGAGAAUAGCUACGUGAGCUUGAACCGGUUUGCAGCGCCCAAGUUGAGCUUUGCCAUUGAGAUCCAAGAGAGGAAGGAGAAGGCCGAGAGCAUCCGACGGCGACGGAACUCGCUGCAUCGCCAGAGCUUUACGGGCUCGUUGGAUGCCAGUUUCCUCAGCUCGUGUCCCUCGCAUCCACGUGCCACGAAUGCAGUUGCGUCCACUGUCGGUCGAUCGUCUGCUGAGCAUUGGGACACCACCAAGCGCUUUCGUAGUGUGAUUCCAGUUCUUCAUAACCUCGUGUGA